GGAUAUCUGAAAAAGGGGGCAGUAUACUCAGAGGAAUCUCUCUUCUCCGUUUGUCAGGAGACAUGAAACAUUUGUGCGCUGGGACCUGCUGCUCUUACCAGCACACCCCUCCUCCAGCAUGACACCCAGCAGAGGAUUCUGGGAUUGACGUUAGCAUCACUCCCACUGAUGGCCUGGACCAGGUUUCAGCUAACCUGCUGAAGCUAUGGGGAGCUGUUGGAGCUGUCUAUACAGAGACGCCAUCCAAGACAACCACCCCACCAAAUUCAAGGUGACAAAUGUUGAUGAUGAAGGGAAUGAGCUGGGAUCGGGGACGAUGGAGCUCACCCAAACAGAGCUCAUUCUGCACACACGCAAGCGGGACGCCAUCCGGUGGCCAUACCUCUGCCUGCGGCGCUACGGAUACGAUUCCAACCUCUUCUCCUUCGAGAGUGGCCGGCGCUGCCAGACAGGGCAGGGGAUUUUUGCAUUUAAAUGCUCUCGUGCAGAGGAGAUAUUUAACCUGCUGCAGGAGCUGAUGCAGUGCAACAGCAUUAAUGUGGUGGAGGAGCCCAUGAUCAUGACCCGCCCUGGCCACGCACCAGAGAUGGACCUGCCUCGAACCCCACAAACACCCAACACUCCUGGGUUCCCAGUGCAGGCUUUCCCUAAUGGAUACCCUGGGUACCCUGUUAGUGCAGACUCAUCACAGCCCACUCUCUCUGAUGACCACAGACACAGCCUCAUGGGGAUGGAUGACCAGACACAUACUUAUGUGAACACAGUGAGUAUGGAGAGUGAUCUGUCCAGCCGCCACUGUGUCCACUCCCUGCCAGAGGUGCGGCCCACCCCCUUCCCCGAGGCCUCCUCCGCCUCCGUCGGCCGUGGGGGUCCAAUACCUGGUCAGGCCAGCCUGCACUGCUGCCCCAUGGACGACUCUCACAAGGACCCUCAGGUGUUCCUGCAGCCUGGAGCUCAGGAGGUAAAGUUCAUGCUGGGUCCCACGCCGGCACAGCGCCACCUGCUGGAGAGAGAUCGGCACGCCGCUCACCCGCUCCGAGCGCCGGAUGGCAGCUCUGAGACUGAGGGGGAGGAGGCUCCGCCCAUGCACGUGUGUAACACACACUCCUACCACCAUUACCACCACCAUCUGCACCGGCACCCCAGCAUGGAGCCCAGUCAGCUAACGUACGAGAACAUUAAUGGACUGCGAGGGGGACGCAGGCAGAGGCUCAGCCCCAGCAGCGUGUCCCAGUCCCAGUCGGUCGGCUCGAGCAGCAGCAGCAGCACCACGGGCGAAACGCACCCACACACACACCCACACUCGCUCCCACUCACACACACACACACCUCCGCGCUGCCCCCUCAGGGCUAUGGCUGCGAGAGGGGCACGGGGCUCGGAGGUCACCGCCGCACCGCGCUGCUCAACUACGAGAACCUUCCAUCACUUCCGCCUGUGUGGGAGUACCGUGCCCUUCAGCGUGAGGAAGAGGAGGAGCAAGACGAAGACGAGGAAGAUGAUGAGUAUGAGGAGGAAGAGGAGGAGGACUUUGAUGAAUAUGAAUAUUCAGAAGGUCCUGGGACCCCAAAUGGAUAUCAUCAGGAAGCCGGCGGCAGCGGUGGGAUUCAUCGCGAUGCUCUGCAGAACUAUGUUAACACAGAACAGAUACAGCCUCCACGUCUCCGUCAUGCGUGCCCUCCCCAUCCUCACCCCCCUGAGAGGGGUGGCCGAGUGUUCAGUUUUGAUUUCCGCCGGCAGCGGGCAGGGCGGGGCGCAAUUGGGGGCUCCGCCUACGAGCAGCAUGGCCGCCACCCUCCCCCUCCCCCCUCUCGCCAGCUCAACUACAUCCAGGUGGAUCUGGAGGCAGGGGGCUCCAGUUGCCCAGGACACGGAGGGGGCGGGGCUCAGGUGCCACAGAGACCGCCUCCCCUCAAGCGCGGAAUGGCUGCUGCGGCGGCUCCACCCUCACGUCGCGGGGAGUGCUAUGCCGUGAUUGACCUGCAGAAGACCGCAGCCAUGUCCAACCUUCAGAAAGCUCUGCCCCGUGACGAUGGCACCUCGCGGAAAACACGCCACAACAGCACCGACCUGCCUCUGUGAAAGAAAGUAAGAGGGAUAAAGAGUGAAAAAGGAAGCAGGUUAUGGGUGAGAGCAGAAAAAGGUGUAAGGAUGGAGCUCUGGGGGUGUUACUGUUAUCCUCUCGUUUGUGUUGGAAUGUCUGUCGCCACACACAUGUUUUGGCACGUGUACAUUCAUACCAACUACUUCUUGUCGAUACGGUCAGACGAAAGUGUGUAUAUCGAGCUAAAGGUUUUACAAGUAAAUGCAAUUUUUAAAGGUUGAUUUACAGUGGAUUUUGGUACCGCUGGCUUAUUAGGUCCAUAGUUUGUUUUGACGCUGGUGAUCCAGGCAUAGAGAAUU